AUGUCUCUCCAAACACCAUUAUGCUCUCUCCUCAAGAUCCAACACCCAGUCCUGUUAGCUGGCAUGGCCCGCGCAUCUGGAGCUCCACUAGCAGCAGCAGUGUCUAAUGCUGGCGGCCUAGGUACAGUCGGCGGAUUAGGAUAUACACCAGCACAGCUAUCAGAAAUGCUCACAGAGCUCAAGUCACUCUUGCGGGACCCUUCGCUCCCCUUCGGCGUGGAUCUCGCUCUUCCACAAGUCGGAGGCUCAGCACGUGCAACAAAUCAUGACUACACACACGGGCAGCUGGACGAAUUGAUCGAGGUGACUAUCUCACACGGCGCCAAGCUCUUCGUCUCCGCCGUCGGCAUUCCGCCAGCGAAGACCAUCAAGCGACUCCACGAGGCCGGUAUCUUAAUCAUGAAUAUGGUCGGCGCGCCAAAGCACGCCGAGAAGGCGUUCAAAGCGGGAGUCGAUAUUGUCUGCGCGCAGGGUGGCGAGGGCGGUGGGCAUACCGGCGAAGUGCCGUUCUCUGUUCUUGUACCUGCUAUUGUGGAUGUUGCGCGGAACUAUAAGAGUCCACUGACUGGCCAACCGGCACUUGUCGUUGCAGCCGGCGGUAUCAACGAUGGCCGCAGUCUGGCAGCGUCAUUGAUGUAUGGUGCUGCAGGUGUUUGGGUAGGCACCCGGUUUGUGGCCUCGGAUGAGAGCAGUGCUAGUCGCUUGCACAAGGAGGCGGUUGUUGGGGCACAGUUUGGUGAGACCAAGCGCACGCUUGUUAUCUCUGGUCGACCGUUGCGCAUGCUGCCCAAUGAUUAUAUUAAGGAGUGGGAAGCACGGCCUGCUGAUAUCGCCGCACUGACUGCUAAGGGUGUUGUGCCCAUGAUGCACGAUUUGGAGAACGAGAAGGAUGUCGAUGUGCCGUUCCUCAUGGGUGAUGUCUCAGCCAAUGUUAAAGAGAUUAAACCAGCUGAGAUCAUUGUGAAGGAAAUGGUUCAGCAGGCUGUCGAGGUGCUCAAAGUUGGAGGCUCAUAUAUCACCCCAACAGGACCGGCAAGUAAACUAUAG